AUGCCUGACAGGCAGGCGAGCUCGUUCAAAUUAGGCACACAGUCCGAUGAUGACUUGUCUGAUGACGAAUUUGAGAGUCUCACCGCACAAAGAUCUUUCUAUAUCGAUGCUGUGUGUGGCGAAGAAGACUCUCCGAUAGAGGAUGAACGCAGCUUGCAAGAGUGGGCCGAACGGGAGGCACGAAAUCUAGGAUUAAUAGGAAAAUAA